UAACUUUUAAAAUGCAAAGUAGAAAUUAUUGAUAAGCUAGUGCCUUAUAAGACCCAGUCGAUAGGGACUGUUAGUCAGUGUUAUUUUGUUCACCCGCUCGCGAUGAACAUUAUCCGUACCUUAGCUUUCGCCUUUUGUGUUGCAUCAGCUUUUCUGCCUUCUAUAGCCGUUGAGACGUAUGAAAUUUGUACCAGACAAGAUGGACUUUCUGGACAUUGUAAGCCCUUAAGAAAUUGUCCUAAGAUUUUUGAAAUGAUCCGGCGCAAGCCACAUACGACCGUUGAAUCAAACUACUUAAUGAAUUCAAAAUGUCCCAUAAAUAGAAGAUACGUCUGCUGCGAAGAAGAGGAGAGUGCGGGUAUGGCAAUAUUGAAGGAACAGGACUGUGGAUACUUUGGUGGAACAUUAAAGACAAUCGGCGGAACCGAAGUUAAAUUAAUGUCAAGGCCUUGGAUGGCUCUACUUAUGUUUAUAUAUAACGGGACUGAAGAAUUUAAUUGUGCUGGCACCCUAAUAACAAAUCGCUUUGUACUAACCGCCGCGCAUUGUUUCAAUCGUCAAGAAUUAAUGUUUGUGCGUUUGGGGGAACACAAAAUAUCCAAUACAACAGACUGCGCUUGGGUGAAAUCAAGACUUAUAUGCGCGCCGCCAGUUGAGGAUAUAUCGUUUGAAAGGAUCAUUGUGCACGAGAAUUACUCGCAACAAUCUAAACACAAUGACAUUGCAUUGAUAAAGCUAUCAAAAGACGUCGAGUUCAAACGACAUAUUAGGCCCAUCUGCUUGCCUGUGAAUGCAACACUCCAACAACAACCGGAAGAAAUGGAAGAGUUCCACGUAACUGGUUGGGGCAAAACCGAAAAGGAACCCGUUUCUGAUGAUCCUAUGGAAACCGCUAUCCCAAAAAAGCAACGCAGCGACUGCCAAAAAUUCUUUGUAUUAGAAGUGAGGAAAUCCCAAUUGUGCGCUGGUAACCUUGGCAAGGACUCCUGUAAUGGCGAUUCUGGUGGUCCUUUAUUAUACUUGAGCGAAUAUAACGAGAAGCAAAGGUACGUGCAGUUCGGUAUAGUUAGCUACGGCUCGACUAAUUGCGGUAAUGAGUAUCCCGGGGUGUAUACAAAUGUUGGCAGCUAUAUGCGCUGGAUAGCCGAUAAAAUAAUCGCCAAUUAGUUGGCGGCUUGAUGUAUAUAUCGAAUAUAUAUAUCUAUAUAUGGAAAUAAAUUUAUUAUGCCUAUAUCGAAAUGGUUUCCUGUAACUGAGACAAGCGCUGCCCAUUGCGUCUCAGUGCCAGCAUCCAAGUUGCAGAUUUUGGCUGGCUCUACUUUUCUAUCGGAUGGCGCGCAACGGUUGAAUUUUUAUAGCUACAUAGGAAGAUAUGGAAUCGCAGCGGAACUGAACAAGCGUUUGAUCUGGUUGGUUUUUAUUUAACCGCAUGUACGUAUGUGGUUCAAUGCACUUCCCGAGGACUAAAAGCUUGACGUCAUGUGGAUGAAUAUUCUCUGACGGGGACGGACAGUUUGUCGUCUGAUUCUGCUAUUGGCAGCUGAGAGUAGAAAGGUAAGGCCGCAACCAGCCUCAAUGCGCAGCUCUCUCUGAUUUUGGCACUUGAAGCUGACAACAAAGAUGCUGUCAAUGAGCUGGAUUAAUCACAACUUCCGAUGCACUUAAGAUCCUAAUACGCCCAAAAUUUUAGUAAUUAUUUGCAAUUGUACAUGGAAGCUGGCUUAAAGUUUUAUAAUUAUAGUAUAAUAUCAUCGAGCUCAACGUACACAAAUUUAUCUACAGACCGGGAAAUUCUUAUCAAACAUUUCUAUUAAUAACUAACUGAGCUGCAAAACAUAAAAUACAAUAUAUACUUUGGGGUGCAUUUCUUGAUAUAACAAAUGUUCUCGGAUAUAAUAUUUAUUGUUAUUAUUUAUUAUUUAUUUAUUUAUUUAUUUAUUUAUUAAUGGUCGACAAAUUGAGU